GAGAGAGAAUGGGAAGGAUAUUUACGGUGGAGCUUGAGGGAAGAUCUUACAGAUGCAGGUUUUGCAGAACCCAUCUCGCUCUUCCCGAUGAUCUUAUCUCCAAGUCAUUUCAUUGCCGCAGAGGAAAGGCUUACCUCUUCAAUCGUUCAGUGAAUAUAAGUAUGGGUCCUUUAGAGGAAAGGAUGAUGCUUUCGGGUAUGCACACUGUUGCUGAUAUCUUCUGCUGCUGUUGCGGACAGAAUGUUGGUUGGAAAUAUGAGUCAGCGCAUGAGAAAGCUCAGAAGUACAAAGAAGGCAAAUUUGUUCUGGAAAGAGGAAGGAUCGUGGAUGAAAUCGAUUUAUCAACGGAGGUUUACAUCGAUACUCGAAGCGACACAGAAGAUUCUUGAAAUGUUAGCUUUAGAUUCUAAAUGUUUGUGUGUUUUGGAAUAAUGUUUGUCAAGAUCAGAGCUUGUUAGUGUAAAAUUGUGUAGGUGUAGCACGAGGUUUAUAAGAGAUGUGUACGGGAGGCACUUGCUGUGUUGUUGUUUAUUGUCUCAAUGACCCUCGGACUUUCUAGAUGGGGUCUCUUGUUUUUUUUUUUUUUACUUGUGUAAAAACCCAUCCAAGAGGUUGUUGAAUAAGUGCUUUGAUUAAUCAAGAGCAUGCCCAAUGGUAGCGCUUUGAUCAGUUAAGAGCAUGAUAAUACGAUAAGGAUAGAAUCAGAUAUCUUAGGGAUUUAGACUCAUCUAAUAUAUUCCUAUUACUAACUGGUUUAAGUUAUGUACGUUGUAUAAAUAC